AUGCUGGGAAUCGCCUUUCUACCGUUCGAAAUGCCGGGAAUCGCCUUUCCUACCGUUCGAAAUGCCGGAAAUCGCCUAAUUACCGAAAGCCCUCGUCGGAAAUCGCCUCAGACAGAGCUCUCACUUCUCACUAGAUGCAAAGUGAGUUCGCCUCCGGGGUCAUCUCUAUUUAUAGGGGGAGUGGUUGGCAACGGUACUCCUCGAAAAACCAAACGGCGCAUUAAUGCGCCGCGCGCCAUCAUUACUCUCGCCACGUGUCGCUCACCCUAUGGGGAACAGACGGCACGCGAGGCGCGGAAGUCGAAGCGCUCAGACGUCCCUUCGCUCGUCAGAUCGACGCGACCUUCUGACUUCACCAACGUCAGCCUCUGA